UUAUCCUGGCGUGGUGGCACACACCUGUAGUCCCAGCUACUUGCUGCUGCCUCACCCCUAGGAAACAAAACAGCAACAUCUUCAGAAAGGCUGCUCACAAGGAAGGCAGCUUCUCUAUGCUAUCAAACAGCUUCCUUAGUUGAAGCAUCUAACUCUGGCCCUAUCCUUACUGCCCCCCGUCGGGGCUUCCAGAAGCAGUGUGGGAAAGUGCUGCUGGCCUUCUGCAGAAUGACGAGCACUGGUCAGUCCUGGCGCUAAUAAAGGCUGCGCGUCCCUCAUGUCUUCGUUUCUCAAACAGCAGGUAACAACUCAUCUUUCCGAAGAGAUAGCUAUGCUCGACCGAUUUUUCAGGGCUCUUCUGGACAGCAGCCUCUGUCUGCAGCACAGAGAAGGGCCAGGCAUCGGGGGGCCCUGGAGCCCACCAUGUGCCUCCUGCUCCAUCUUGGGAGCAGCUGGGCCUGUCAGCACUCAGUCAAGCCUGGGAUUGGUGACUAAAGAGGGAGGUGUGGAAGCUUGAGGCAGCAGUGCUGAAAGAGGUAGCAACAGGUGCCCUACAUGGGCACUGGGGCCCGGAGACAUCACAGAGGCAGGAAGUGUCUCCAGCUCUCAAAUUCUGGAAGCUGUCAGAGGGAGGGAGUCCCACAGCCAAGCUGCAUGGGGGUGGGCCUCUAGGUCUGCUUCCAGUGUGUGGUGGGGCCCACAGGGAGCUGAGAGGGAGUUUUCCUGUCUGAUUUCCCACACUUGGCCUGCCUGUGGCUGGCCAAGGCAUUGUUGAGCCCCAUGAGAUCACAGAGAUAGCUAUGCAGGCCCCGCCCACUUCCUAUAACCCUAGUUCUGGCUGUCUCCAAGUGCCCUGAGAGCCAUCGGCCAGGGGUCGGAGUGCUGUGGGAGCUCAGGGCAGGCACCUCCCAUGCUCCCACUGGAGCCACUAGGACAUAAAGCUCAUAGGCCUCUCCACUCCUUCGUGUCCUGUUUGACCUGAAUGCCCCCAGGCUGACUGCCUCAAGGAUUCCAUCUGAGAAGAUGCUGCCUGGGUGUGUGGGGAGCAGUAGAGGGGCUGGUGUUAAACAUAUGUGCACAGCUCAGGACAGAGGCUCCCUGGACUUGGGGCGGGGGGUGCCGGGGUCCCAACACUAACCCUCAUUCUGCUCCUCCUGACUUCUGCUCUCUAAACCAAACAUGGAAGACUCAGUCUAGACUAGGAGUUCUUAGGGUCUAGGAGCCCCCUUAAGUGAUUGAUAGGUUUAUAUGCAAAGGCCAUUUUUCUGAGAGGCCAUAGACUUCUUUCAUCAGUGUGUCAAAAAUCAUGAGAAUCUCUGCUCUGAAAGCCUCUGCCCCAGCGCUGCCUAGUGUGAGCCCCCGAUGGCCUGACAUUGGCUUUUAGAGCAGGCAGAGAAGUCACCCACCAGUCCUCAGAAUCCUGGAUGAAGGCCUUUUCUCCAGGAGGAACUGUUGAAAGGUUUUCUCUGGUGCCUGGAAGCAGGAGUGACUAUUCUGUUAGGCAGGAAACCCUGAGGGCACCUAGGAGGCCUCUAGCCUGUGGAUCGGGGAGGAAAUAUAGGAUCCCUGGUGCCACUCAAAUGCUGGAGAUCUCAGAGACCCAAGUUCUGGUCCCUUCUGCUGUUCUGGGCAGAUCCCCUCAGGCUCCCCACAGGCGCUGUGUCUGGCUCAGUCCACCUGACUCCGCUUUCCCAUCUUAGGCCUCACACAGGUGGGCAGGCCCUUUCCUGCUUGCCUUCUGCCCUCCCACUGUCUCUGGCCCUGCCCAGCCUCUGCCAGUCUGUGUGCCUCCCAGGAGCCAGGAUACUCCCUGAGUCCUCUGGGAGCCCCUAAGCCACACUGAGAACCCAGACCCUGGGAGGAGCAGCCAGCAGUGAGGAAUCCUGGAAUCCCUUCCCAGGGAGAGCCUUCCCAUGACUUCCAGGAAGAGAUCAGUGCAAACACAGGUGUCGGCGUCCCUGCUGGAGUACUGGGAUGAGGAGUCCCUGACGGAAUACUCCGACCUCGAAGAGGCUCCCUCGGCACACACUCUCUAUGUGGGCCAUCUGAACCCCCAGUUCUCAGUGCCGGUGCUCGCCUGCCUGCUGCGAGAUGCCCUGGAGCGGCUGGAGCUGCCGGUGGCACGGGAGCACAUCGAGGUGGUGCGGCGGCCGAGGAAGGCCUAUGCACUGGUGCAGGUGACCAUCCGCAGGGACACCCUGGCCUCCCUCCCCUGGCGCCUGCGGACAGCCCUGGAGGAGCACCUAAUCCUCAAGGAGCUGGCAGCCCGUGGAAAGGAGCUGCUAUUGAGUGAGGCUCAAGGGCCCUUCAGCCACAGAGACGAAGAGGAGGAAGACAGUGUCCUGAACCCUGGCGCCAGCCAUAACCCGGGCUCUGGUGUUCCGCUGCCCGCCUGGCCUACACACAAGCUGCCUGAUAGGCCCCAGGCCUGGCAGCAUCAGAGAUGCCAGACCCGGCCCAGUGGCGUGUGCUCCGAUAGUGCCAUUGUGCACCAGGAGAUCAUGGGCAAGGAGCAGCUCUUCCAGGGUGCUUUCCUGGGCAGUGAGACCCGCAACAUGGAGUUCAAGCGGGGCAGCGGCGAGUACCUAAGCCUGGCCUUCAAGCAUCAUGUGCGGCGCUACGUGUGCGCCUUCCUCAACAGCGAGGGUGGCAGCCUGCUUGUGGGAGUAGAGGACAGUGGCCUGGUGCAGGGCAUCCGCUGUGGCCACCGUGAUGAGGACCGCACGCGGCUGCUGGUGGACUCCAUCCUACAGGGCUUCAAGCCCCAGGUCUUUCCCGACGCCUACACCCUCACCUUCAUCCCUGUGAUCAGUACCUCGGAGACCAGCGUCCCCCUCAAGGUGAUCCGCCUGACCGUGCACACCCCCAAGGCCCAGAGCGAGCCGCAGCUCUACCAGACCGACCAGGGGGAGGUGUUUCUGCGGCGUGACGGGAGCAUCCAGGGCCCACUGUCUGUCAGCGCCAUCCAGGAGUGGUGCAGGCAGAGGUGGCUGGUGGAGCUGGGCAAGCUGGAGGAGAAGGUGAAGGCGCUGACGAUGGAGAAAGAGCAGCUUCAGGAGCAGCUGCAGCAACGCGGGCCGGUGUCUUGCACCUGCUGUGUCCUGUGAGGGCCUGGGGAGUCGCAGGACGGCGCGGAGCUCUCCACCCAAGAUGCAGGGGUUUCCCAUUUGAGCCUAAGGCCGACCAAUAAAGCCCAUGGGGGCCACUGAGACGUGGACAGGGGCUUCUUCAACAUGGCGCAUGAGCAGGUGCCCAUGUGGCUUCAACCCUGACAGACCCGUCUGUGUAGCUAAGAAAUUGCUCUCAGCCCUGUCCCCAAGCAACCUUACUUUCAGAAAGAAGGUGUUCCCCUAAGGCUGAGCUCUAAGAGUUCCAGAGCUCCCCUAGGGCUGAGCUGUAAGAGAUUGUUCCUCUCCCUAAAACACUCAUUUGACCCAGGUUGAGGUCUGUGACUUCAGUUGGCUAGACAGUGCCAGAGAGGAAUCGGUCGUCUCAGGAAAGCCCCUCGCAAAUGGCAUGGCAUAUUUGGUGACUGUGGUUACAGGGCAAGAGGCCACCAUGCAGCCCCCACCCCUGAUUUGCCGGAACUUGUGACUGUCAAAGCUCCGUAAUAAAUUACAUGUACCUGGGACAAGAAUGGUUCUUUCUGGGAAACUUGGUCAGCCGGUCAGAUGCUGCAGGGUCGUGAGUCCCAUGCCCAGCCCACCUCUGUCCAGGAGGCAGAGGACAGACAUGUGAGGGCAGGAAGCCUAGCCCCUCAGGCUCCAGGCCAGCUCUGUCUUAAAGACCAGGUGCCGUGGGGCAAAGUGCUGUGCCUCUGUGCUUCAGUUCUUCAUCUAUAAGACAGUGACAAUGGCAAGGGGCAGGGGCAUUUUGUCACCAUCAGGCCAAUGCCCUGUGUCUAUGCCAGCUGUGGCACAGAGCAACACCUCACACUGACGGUUUCAGUUCCUUUCCAAGACCCCUCUGGCCCAGUAAGGCCAUUAGCUUAAAACAAACAAACAAAAAAAAAAACA